AUGCUGCCGUUGCUAAGACAUUUCAUCCCUGGUGAAGCAUGCGAACAGGACAACGGUUUCCUUCGACGGAAACAAUUGCCGACAGCUCAGCGGCCUUCCCGAACCCGACGUCAGGGCGAUUGUCGGUCGAAGAUGCUACUGCCACCUACGUUUGUGCUGCUGGCAGUCCUUUGCAGCGUUACGUCCGCAUUUCCAUCGACGCUAGCAUCUUCACCGUCGAGCGGUGUUUACUUUUCCAUCUCGAAGCUCCGCGUAACGCUACCCAUUUCGAAGGAGUCCUACAUCAUCCUACGCAAUGAACCGAUCGUCAACUUGCGGCUACUUUCGACGGGUAGCGAACUGCGGACCAACUCCAUCGAUCAGGAGCAGAAUGAUGGCUACAGCUAUGCGGUCGAAAGUCCACCCGAUACCGAGUACCUGAAGGUGGACUCGCUCACCGGUGGUUUGUGGAUAACAUCGCACAUCUACACCAUGCAGAACGUCACCGAAUUUGUAAUCGUUGCGGUGAACUCAAGCGUUGCUUCACCGUUUACCCACGGUGUUAUGCCGGCUGCCCGGCUUACGCUCACGAUUGACCCGUUGCCGGUGGCUGAAGAUACGCUUGAUAGCUUCUGUGAGCAUCAUCCGGAGCGUGCAUGCUUUUGGGACACGGCACAAUACCGAGUGGCGGAAAAUGGACCGCUGGGAUGGACGAUCGGUGCAGUGGGGCCUGCGUUUUACCGCCGGUUGUGUCCACAGCAUCGUCCCAAGUAUGAAUUAUUUGGACCAGCGUCGCUCAACAAUAGAAACAGCAGCAGCAACGAGUAUCUGCAGUUGGAUCCCAGCGAGGGUACGUUGCGAACGAGGGUAUCGUUUGAUCACGAUACGCAUGCACCAGGACCAACGCUGCAAGCCAGCGUACGGUGCACAUUGCAACAGGUGUCAUCGCAUACUGAUGUAAACUCGCUCAAAGCGGAAUCUCAAAUCGUUGAUCGAACGAUCACGGUGAAUGUGCUGGACCGGAACGAUAAUCUACCGCGUUUGGAGGUAUUGAAUGGAACGGGUGACGCAAACCACCAGCACGAAGAACAGGACGAUGCGCCCAGUUAUCAGGUGUACGUGGAUGAUCCGCAUGUUAAUCAGGGUGAUCCUGUAGGAUACUUCCGGAUCAUGUUUACCGACGAUGACUCCAUACCCGUGAAUACUCGCGUCCACUACAAGCUGCACGGUGACAUUAUGGAGCUGUUCCGUCCCGAUUGUGCGAUGUACGAAAAUGAGCACGACGGAGGCCUAAAGCAAACGGUGUUCGGAUGCAAGCUAAUUUUCGCUCGGUCCGGAAUUCUCCGAAAAAGCCCCUACUGUGUCACGCUGCAGGCGGUGGAUCAAACGGUGGAACUUUCGCCGUACGGUACGGUCCGUGCAGCCAAUGCGUCCAUCUGUCUCACAACGAACCUGAAUCGCAUCCACGAGUACGAUAUGCCACGACCAGAGGCCCUAACGAGCAGUGGCAUCGUACAGGCGACUUCCUACGGCGAAGGAAGUGGUUUCCGUGGCGAACCGAAGGUGGGCCGAAAGAAAAGCAAGAAGGAAGCUAAUCCAGCUCGAAUUGUGUAUCCGAAGGAAGCGAUUGUGUAUGACACCUCCCGCAAGUACGCCCGAAUAGCGGAACCGAAAUCGUUUAAGCAGCUAAUUCAGGAAAACAGUGCCGAUCUAAACUUUCGGCUAACGAGCAACCCGCUAAACGCUUUUGGAAUAACGAAAAUUGCGGGAAUCGUUUACCUGAAGAAUGAGACCGCGUUCCAGAACAAACCCGAGAGCCGGCACGAAAUAACGGUGGCUUGGAAGAAUUACAGCGUAAGCAUUUUGGUUCGAAUGCGUAAAAAUCCAACCGUGCACUGUGCACCGGUUCCGAUCGAACAUGCGGCGGAAGAUUUUUGUGCAGCUCAUCCAAACCGUACGAGCUGUGUGAGUGCUUGCGGAUUGGGCAGUUUGAUGGGUCCGUGUGAGUAUCGUGCACCCGGCGGUGGUGGUAGCUCGAUGUUCGAUGAACCGAAGCCAAUCGCAUGGACCGAAGACUAUCCUACCUGUUCGUCUGGGUUGUCCCACUGUCCGGACGGCAUUUGUGAUCCGCUGGAGGAGAUGGGCCACCGGGAAAAGAUACACAUCUGUCCGCAGGAUUGUGUUUUCAAGCAGGACAUCUUCGGUGUACAUCAUUCGGAUAAGCCACGUGGAAUUCAAACCGCUUCCGGGCACUGUAGCUGCCGUGCGUCUGGUCACUGCACCUGUAUCGAUACGUUGCGCAUUCCUUCGUCGUUUAAGCGAAAUAAAACCAUCACCACAACGUCUAGUUCAACAUCGACGACCACCACGACUCCGACCAGCAUUGCGGGCGUUUCGGGAAGUGAUGUGGAAAUGAUACCGAUUAAUGGCAAAAAUCACAGUGAGGGAGCUGGAGGAUUGUCGGAAAAUGGUGGAACACGCCGAGAGGCGGAAGAUGCACCGCCGGCUGCGGUACGAGAUGGAAGCUUUUACGAACCGGGGCUCAUUAAGGGUCCGCAUGCGUCGAUCUAUCUGAUCGCGAUUGUCCUGAUACCGAUGGUGGUGGCUAUAAUGAUCGUGCUGUACUGCUUCAGCCGUAAGCUGACGGUCAAGAACAAGCUGUUGGACGGGAGUGGCGGUGCCAAUGGGACGGGCGGUGGAAUGAACAGCAUCAGCAUGAACCUUGUUAGCAACGAUACGGAAAUUUUCAACGUUGAGCUACCGCUGGCAUCGCGUUUGAAUGAGUUUAACUUCAAAAUUGACUACGAUUCAAAGUGGGAAUUUCCACGCUCGAAUCUUAUUCUCGACGCCACCCUCGGGGAAGGUGAAUUUGGUAAAGUAUUGAAAGGGUUCGCAACAGACUUGCCGGAAAAGCCGGGCAUUACAACUGUAGCGGUUAAGAUGCUUAAAACGGGUGCCAAUUCGGUUGAAUUGCUAGCGCUACUGUCCGAGUAUCAGCUGCUCCAGGAGGUGAACCAUCCCAACGUGAUCCGGCUGCUAGGCGCGUGUACGAAAGGUGACACACCGCUGCUUAUCAUCGAAUACUGUCAGUACGGUUCGUUGAAAAAUUACCUUCGUUUAAGCCGCAAACUGGAAGUCCUGAACGCAGACUACGAGAAUGCGGUCGAACCGAUCACGGUAAAGGACAUUCUAUCGUUCGCCUGGCAGAUCAGCAAAGGCAUGGCAUAUCUAACCGACAUCAAGCUGGUGCAUCGUGAUCUGGCCGCCCGGAAUGUGCUGCUGGCGGAGGGUAAGGUGUGCAAAAUCUCCGACUUUGGUUUGACGCGCGAUGUAUACGAGGAUGAUGCGUAUUUGAAGAAGAGCAAGGAUCGUGUGCCUGUCAAGUGGAUGGCACCGGAAUCACUUGCCGACCAUAUCUACACUACCAAGAGCGAUGUGUGGGCAUUUGGUGUUUUGUGCUGGGAAUUGAUUACGCUCGGCGCGUCGCCUUAUCCGGGUAUCCCGCCCCAGAAUCUAUACAAUCUGCUAAAGCAAGGCUAUCGGAUGGAGUGUCCUAAAAAUUGUUCUGAAGAAAUAUACGGUAUUGUACGGUCUUGCUGGGCAGACGAUCCCAAGCAGCGUCCCAGCUUUAAGCAUCUCGCCGGUCAGUUUGAGCAUCUGCUAGGGCGCAGUGCGAAGUACAUCGAUAUGGAGCAGAAUUCUAUUUCCAAUCCAGUUUACUGUGUGAACAUCGAUGAAGUCGAUUGCGCAAAAAUGGCCAUUUGCAAGGAGGAACAGGACCGGUUGGAAAGUCUUUGGACGCCACCACAAUACGAAACGGUGGACAACACGAGUGCCGAGCAUACGGGACGUUAUCAAACACCCUCGGCCAUGGCAGUAACGGCCGUCAUAUCGGAACUAAACGAAGACAAGAAACAGCUGCUGCUGCAGAGCUAUGAUACACCGCGUCCACUCAUCGAAACGGCCACGAUCGAGCAGAAGCUUCGGUACGAAAACGAUGUACGGUUGAGGCCGAAAAAGCUCAGCAAUGCUAGCGGUGCUGGUGGUGGUGGUGGUGGUUUCGCUGCAAAUUCGAACGAGAAUCCACCUAGCCAUGGUCGUCGUUCCUCCUCCAUUAGUCCACCCCGAUGCCUGAGGAAUCAUUGCGAGGAAACGUCCUUCAUAACGUACGCUGCAAACAGGGCGGAUCACCACCACCGCGAUACAGCCAGUAGUAGCGGCAGCAGUGGCUGCAACAACGAGUACGAUUCGCCCAGCCGACAGCCACGGCGGGUCGUUUCGUACGUCGAUAUGAACAAAAACAAUCACCACCUGAACGCGAACCUGGAGAUCAACAACAUGAUCGACAAGAAACAGUCCAAAGACAUUGCCUUACGAUUUUCGAACGCCGAUAACGAGCUGCAGAUGGUGCUGGUCGAUCCGAUCCAAAACUGCCCGAAAAGAAGCGUUUCGAUCGAAUCGCAACUAACGGCUAUUUCAAACAGUGAAAUACUUUUGCAAGAUAAAAUAGCAAACAGUUUGGCCGUCGCCGAUGCUGCUCCGGUGGAGUACGCCGAGGUGAUGAAAAAGCAGCGUCCGAUGGCGGCCAACAAUGAAAGGAAGGAACCGAUUGGACUUACCCUUACCUCGACGGUGUAG